UUCCUGUUAAGGCAGAGUUAAUUAUAAUAAAUAGAGUAUUCUCAGGGUUGAAUACACAAACUAAUUGCUAAUUGAUUAUAUAUGCAGCUGACAAUGUCCAACAUGGAAGGCUAGCUCUUAAAUUUCAGAGAGACGUCGAAGGCAGGAAGAGCUUUCGUCAAUGGUGACAUUAACAAAUAAAUCUCUCAUGUAUUUCGAGGAUUUGACGCUUCCCACUGUUCAGGUUAUAGUAAUGACAGCAAGCAUGAGAUGUUCUCGAUGCCGUCAAAGAGUUUCCCAAGUUAUUUCCAGGAUGUCUGCAGGGUUGAAAGAGUACACAGUAGACGUGCACAACAAACAAGUAAUUAUGAAGGGAGAUACUGGAAAGCAGUGGAAGAAAGAGGAUGAUCAUUCCAAUGACGAAAUGAACAAUGAGCGUUGUCAGAGAUUAAAACUGUUCUUGAGAUCUUUCGUGGCGACUUGCUUUGGUAAUUAUAUGGCUAAUUAAGACAACCUAUGAAUUAAUAUAGCAACUUUUGCCGUUGAAAGUAAUUGAUUAGUGCUAUUUGUCAUGUGAUUUUUGUUUAUUUUUGGUCCGUAUUCUUAUCAAUAUAGCGACUCUGAAAAUUAAGCACCUUGAAA